GCAGCGUGCGCGCUCACGUCGCAGCGACGGCGGUGGCGAGCGGCGUCAGAGCCUGAAGGGGGGGGUUGACGGCUGCUGGCGGGUGACUAAUAUCGCUUCUGUCCCAGGAAUCCGACAGAGCUUGAAGGAGCGAGGGUCGUUUUCGGGGGCUGCUGCCUUCCGGGUACGCGUCGUCGUCAGGAGCACAGCCCGGACUCUUCUGUAAACCCUCCGGCUCUUUUUCCGCACGCUUUCAGGCGGCGGCGGCGGCGGCAACCGAGACAGCGUCUCACCUUCCCCCAGCCCUUUCCCUUGUCCCCCACUGCCCAAAAGGGCCUGGUCUGCGCCCCACCCCCGCCUGUCCGCCCGCCCGCUACGCCGCAGCCAUGUCGGCGCAGGCCCAGAUGCGCGCGAUGUUGGACCAGUUGAUGGGCACCUCCCGGGACGGGCCCUGGUGGUGGCAACCGCCUGUGUGCCACUGAAAAUCGUGCCGAUGCCUGGCAUACUGCAUAAAUGGAAGCAGGGUACCGCGUUCAAUGUAUCUAUGCCUGCCUACUUCAAUCUGCAAGGGAGUGUCAGAAAGGCCCCGCAUUCGCCGAGCCGAGAUACUACUCGUCAACGAAUCAAAUUCAGUGAUGACAGAGUGUGCAAGAGUCACCUUCUCAACUGUUGCCCCCAUGAUGUCCUCUCUGGGACUAGAAUGGAUCUUGGAGAAUGUCUGAAAGUCCAUGACUUGGCUUUACGAGCAGAUUAUGAAAUUGCAUCCAAAGAACAAGAUUUUUUCUUUGAACUUGAUGCUAUGGAUCAUCUGCAGUCAUUCAUUGCAGAUUGCGAUCGAAGAACAGAAGUGGCUAAGAAAAGAUUAGCAGAAACUCAAGAAGAGAUUAGUGCUGAAGUGGCAGCAAAGGCAGAACGUGUUCAUGAGUUAAAUGAAGAAAUUGGUAAGUUGUUGGCCAAAGUAGAACAACUUGGAGCUGAAGGGAAUGUGGAAGAAUCCCAGAAAGUAAUGGAUGAAGUAGAGAAAGCACGGGCAAAGAAAAGAGAAGCAGAGGAAGUUUAUCGGAAUUCUAUGCCAGCUUCCAGCUUCCAACAGCAGAAGCUUCGAGUCUGUGAAGUGUGCUCUGCCUACCUAGGUCUUCACGAUAAUGACAGGCGGCUGGCGGAUCAUUUCGGGGGUAAACUGCACCUGGGAUUUAUUGAAAUAAGAGAGAAGCUCGAAGAAUUAAAGAGAGUUGUAGCUGAGAAGCAGGAGAAAAGAAACCAGGAACGCCUGAAGCGAAGAGAAGAAAGGGAGAGAGAAGAAAGGGAGAAGUUGCGGAGGUCUCGAUCACAUAGCAAGAAUCCAAAAAGAUCCAGGUCCAGAGAGCACCGCCGACAUCGGUCUCGCUCCAUGUCGCGGGAACGGAAGAGGAGAACUCGAUCCAAAUCUCGGGAGAAACGCCACCGCCACAGAUCUCGCUCUAGCAGCCGAAGCCGCAGCCGCAGCCACCAGAGAAGUGGGCACAGUUCUAGAGACAGGAGCAGAGAGCGAUCCAGGAGGAGAUCCUCAAAAGAAAGAUUCAGAGACCAAGACUUAGCAUCACGUGACAGAGACAGGAAUUCAAGAGACAGAUCACCUCGUGACAGAGAUCGAAAAGAUAAGAAGCGGUCCUAUGAGAGCGCUAAUGGCAGAUCAGAAGACAGGAGGAGCUCUGAAGAGCGCGAAGCAGGGGAGAUAUAAUUAGCUCUGUACAUGUCCUCAGUCCUUAAGCUUCCUCUGGAGUCACAUACUAUUGUUUAGUUUACAGCCGCUCGGGGGGACGCAGUGAGCAGUUCCACACACCGGUCCAGCUAGGCUAGAUGCACAGUUUCCAGCUCGAUCUGAACUGAGCGUGUUUUCCUUGAUGAAGCCUCAGACUGCACCCAUAGUUCCCGGUGAACCUGUAAUCCAGUUCUGAAAGUGUUCAACACAGUUUUAUAUACCAGAAAGAUGCGAAUGUCUUUGUUCUUUCUAGUAGAAGUGAGAACAAACGAAUUGUGUUACUUGCCUUGGGGUUUUUGAACAUUUGUAAAAAUGCUGUCUUCCUUUCUAGUCCAAACAGCGCAGCUUUGGGGAUUUUGCUUUUUAAUCCUUCUUCCUCUGACUUUUGUAUCCCCUACCCACCCUCUAAUUUUAAGAGAAAGGGGGUCAGGGAAGCAAUAUAGCUUCUGUUCUAAGGUUCUUUUCCCAUUAAUAACUAGCUGAUUACAGUUCAGAGCAUUUAUACUGGAAUGUGUGCUGGAGAAAUUUAAAUACUGGGAAUUUUUUUUUAGUUUGUUUAGGGUUGGAAGUUGAACAGCUCUUGCAUUACAUAUACUUUGCUUUUUUAUUGACAAUUGGAAAUCAACUAAGUCUUGAUUUUUCUGUUGUAUUGAAUUACUACUACGUUCAGGGUGUUUUGAAAAUGGGGUGGGGACAGGGACUUUUUCAUAAGCACUUCUGUUUUAUUUUGUGUGUGUGGAAUAUAAAGACUAUACCCUUAUUGUAAAAAAACAUUAAUAAUGAAAUGAAACAGUCACCACCACCAUUACUAUUAAACUGUAACCUGUCUAGUAAAUUGUCACUAGAACUACUUGCUGUGGGCAUUUCUUUUAUUCUUUUAUAUCAUUACUAGUGCCUUACUGUGCAAGGCACCAAAGGAGAUACACACACACUCCCGAAGAUUCAAGCCGAACUGCUGUUCACCUGGGUCCCUGGCCGACAUACUUCAGGGCUGUCUGUACAUCCGCUUCCGCGAAGGACUGGACCUGCAGAAGAAACUGGGUUUUUCAUUUGCUUUUGUUUUGUAUUUCUUCUUAUUCGGCAAACUGAAAUAAAAACAUGGUAUAACCAA